AUGCCGAGCCGUCUCUUCUUCCGCCUCGUCUGCCCCUCCGUGUAUCGCUUGGCAGCCUAUUCCAGCAUCCCCCUCUUUUUCCUCAGCGCUUGGACGGAGCAGAAGUACUGUGCAGGUCGUCAGCUAGUCCGCUGCCUCACUGCCGUGUCCGUGACCCUCUUUCAGCUGGGUGACAGCUGUCGGACCAGCAGCCACAGGGACUACCUCAUGCUGUAUAUCUGUUGGGCUUGGGUUCUCGUCCCAGAGAAGGCCCAAGCCGUCGCAUCUGGCCUUUGUGUGCUGUAUAUCUUGGGUAGUGGCCUCUCGAAGCUCCGUGUGGGCGGCACUGCCUGGCCGGCGCCGGCCACGCUGCGGGCGAUCCUGAGGACCUUCGCCCAGAAGACGCCACGGCAGGGCGGUCCCAUCCUGCUGUUUGCGAACCGCUGGGUGUGCCACUCCGAUCUGCUUUGUGGAUUCUUGGCCUCCACGACCUUGCUCUUCGAAUGCCUGUUGGCACCCUUGGGCGCCUUCCUUCUGCCCAGCCAUUGGCGCUUGCCGAGCGUCGGCCUCGCCAUGGUGCUGCUGCACCUGGGCAUCGGAGCAGUACAGAGCGGUGCCAUUGGUGCAUUCUUCUUGCCCAACGUCGCAGCGUAUGUCCUUGGCUUUGGGACGUUCACGUCUGGGGAGGACCUCUCCAUCCUUGCACCCAGUUGGUGGAUAGCCUUGGUGACCUGUUUCCUUCCCCUGUGCCUGGCUGCAGCUCGCGAAACAAGUUUGAUCCAAGAGGACUGGCCCUGGACGCCGUUUGCACUUUUUCCUUGGAACUCCGAUCAGUGGGAGUUCUUGCACCAGCAUUUGGUGGAAGGUGAUACUCGCCUAGUGGCCCUGGCUGGCGAAGCCUCGCUACCGGGUGCGCGGGUGAUCCCCAUCGAACACCGCUCCGACGUGCCACUGCUGCAGCGGCGGGUGGAGCCCAACGAAGGCGAAGUGGUGUGCUAUGAUCUCUGGAGCCGUACCAUUGGCAUCACCACUUACCAAGAUGAAGUAAUGUUGGCCCUUCUGGAUCUUCACCAGGGUGAGCUGCUGAAAGCUGAGAAGAGUCAAGAGAAGCUGAAGCAGAUACUUCAACUCACCGCCAAGUUUCUGGAGACCGGGCGCGUGCUGGAAGUCUCCACUGGACAACCGCUGAUGCGCUGCUUCCUCGUGCGUGCUGCCGAAGACAAAGGCGAUCGCCAGGGUCGGUCGGUCUUUCGAGAAGUGUGCCGUGUAGGCCGCUACGUCAAGGGCUGGCGCAAGUGGUCGGAUCGCCGACAGAGCUGGGUGGCCAUUUUUGAGUUUGAGGGCCGCAUCUGGCGGAAGAACGUGACGGAGGAGAAGGCCCCACGUACCGCCGUGCAUGUGGAUCCCUUGCUGAUCGAGUAUCAGGCUGCGCCCAUUUGCUGCCGAAAGCCCUCAGGCUGCAGUGAUUCUGAAAGUGAAGCAGAUGCCAAUGCAGGCUUGCAGCCAGGGGACGAAGAAGAGGACAACACCUUCGUGAUGGCUCGGGAGUUGAAGUACCACCUCCAGCUGACCUCUGAGAUUGUUGGGAUGGCCAGGCAGACGGAUCUGUGCCGCUGCGACCGCGUGAUCGGCAGGUGGGACUUCGGCGAAGCCUCGGUGGACUCCAUGGGGCGACUGUGCACCGAGAUCAGCUGGUGGCUCAACGACGAGGCCGCCAACGAUCGCUACGAGCGCCUAGAAGAGAACUGGGAGAUGCUGCUGGCAGUCUGGGAACAUUUGCUCUGUUUUCACUUGGAGGAGCUGCAAGACUGCGGCUUCGACCAGAGCAUCGCCCAACGCUUCCUGGAGAGGUGUCUGCACUUUCGCAUCGGAGAGGCACGGCAAGUGAAGGGAAUGAUGGAGCCUCUCGUGGACAUCGUUGCGCUGUGA